AUGGAAAAACAAAACUUAACCAUUAAGAUUAGUGUUGACACUUAUCAUCAAUUAAGAAGUGAUAUAGGGAGGGGAAAUAUAAGCCAAUUUAUUGAAAAUUUGGUUAAUAGAGAAUUAGGUUCAAGCGAAAAAAGAAUAGAACAAGAAUAUAAGGAAUGUUAUACUAAUCCUCGCAUGCUAAAAGAGGCUAAACAAUGGGAAAAAGCCGGUAUAGAAAUAGAUUUACCGGAUAGUAAUGGAAGGGAAUUAAAAGAAAUUCACCCUUGCUUGGUGAUUUCAAAUGAUAGGCAAAAUUUCGCUAGCCCCCUAAUAACUGUAAUACCUAUUACUUCUUUGAAAGAAAGUGAUAAAGUUUUUUCUUUUCAAGUAUCGAUUAAACUUAAAAAAGAAAGCGUGUUAUUAGUUGACCAAAUUCAGACCAUUGACCGUAAUAAAUUUAAAGAUAAAAUAACUGAAAUUAAGGAGAAUUUAUUAGAGGAAGUGGAAAAAAAAAUCCACUUUGUUUUAGCAUUAAGAAAUUAA